UUUCAGCCGCGUUAUUCCUGUUCAUUUCGUCAUGGUAAAAAUGACAAAAUCAUUUUUCGUCUAUAUUUAGCUACUGAUUACACGAGGAGAAGCUUUUCAAGCCACGAGCUCUCAAAACGUUCAGUUAUGUCGCGCUUUUUAACAAUAUAUCCAGUGGCACUAUAUAACGUACCGCGCGGCGCUUCCUUCCGUGUUGUUGCAUGUCACGCCACGAUUGGCCGAGCGCGUCUCCGACAUUUUUAACCCGGCACUUCCCUCGCAGUCAAACCGCCGCAGCACAAGACGUGAAGAUGGAGAGCAGCUCCUCGUUCGUUGUCAAAUCGCUGGUAUUUUGCCUAUUGUGGUCGCACUAUGAGGCAAGAGAGACGGAGUUGAAAGGGGUCACCUGCGGUUCACUGGUGAAGCUCCUGAACACCAGACACAGCGUCCGUCUCCAUUCCCACGAUGUCAAAUAUGGCUCAGGGAGCGGCCAGCAGUCUGUAACUGGAGUGGAGAAUGCAGAUGAUGGCAACAGUUAUUGGCAGAUACGAGGAAAGCCCAACCAUCCGUGUCAGCGUGGGACAGCAAUUAAGUGUGGUCAGGCUAUACGCUUCACACAUAUGAAGACUGGCCGGAACCUUCACACACACCACUUCACCUCCCCCUUAUCAAAUAAUCAGGAGGUCAGUGCAUUUGGAGAGCAUGGCGAGGGCGAUGACCUGGACAUUUGGACGGUGCAGUGCGAUGGUGUGUACUGGGAGCGCAAUGAUGCUGUGCGAUUCAAACAUGUAGGUACCAAUGUUUUCCUGAGUGUGACGGGUGAGCAGUAUGGCCCCCCCAUCAGAGGCCAACUGGAGGUACACGGCAUGACCUCACCAAACCAGCAUAACUGGUGGCAGGUUAUGGAAGGGGUCUUCAUCCAGCCAAGCCAGGAUCCACUCCACCAAUCUAUCCAUCACAGUGAACUCUGAAAUCAAAACCAGCUAUCACAUAACUCGUCCAUGACUGUGCCAUGGUUCGCGGGUAUGCUGGAGCCUAUCUCAGCUGACCGUUGGGCGAGAGGAAGAGUACACCCUGAACUGGUCGCCAGCCAAUCACAGGGCAAAUGUAGACAAACAAUCAUUCACACUCACGUUCACACCUACGGACAAGUUAGUCGUCAAUUAACCUACAAUGCAUGUCUUUGGACUCAGGAUUCCGAUUAAAUGAGUUCCAAAUCCGAAGAUGGACUUGGAGAAGGGCUGGAGUAGCUGUACUCUCCUCUUACCAGAAACUGUGGACUGCCAUCUGGAUGUUUUUCCAGUUCUCGAUCCAGAUGAGCAAGGCUCUGGUUUAUGUUGUCCAGCUCUACUUGAAUUCUCUUGUACUCAAGGUAAUCCUGCUCAAACUCUUGUUUGUAAAUCAGACGCUCAUCCUCAUCCACAAUGGGAGGAAAUAAUCUACAGAGAUGAAGAGAGAAAAAAGUAUAUAUAUCUUACAUAGAAAGAGUCUAAGAAUUCCAGGAAUACGCGCUAAUCCGUAUCAUUAUUGGCAAUGGUGCAGAAUCAAAUAAAAGUCCUAAAGGAAGCCUACACUACAGUCAUAACAAACAAAUCAAAAUAUCACCUGAUCUACUUACUUGCUGAAGUCCUCCUCCUCAAGGUCGUCUCCUGAAUCCGGACCAGUGUCAUAAUCUUUCAGUCCGGCCUUGAGGACAUCCACUGAGCUGGAAAUAUCAGAAUUCCUGCAAACAAAUUUUAGAUGUAUCUGUUGGGUUUUCUAUCUACAACACUUCAUCCGCUUCGGAUGCCUCCUGGACACCUCCCUGGUGAGGUGUUCCCACCGGGAGGAGACUCCGGGGACAACCCAGGACACGCUGGAGA